AUGUUAAUGGAUGAUGUAAAACUUCAACAAUCUUUAACAUUUCAUGUAUCCCUACCAUCAAUGAAUUCACCAGAUAUGGGAAUAACAGCGAAUAAUAACAAUAAUAAUAAUAAUACUACUAUUAAUACUACUAUUACUAAUAGUAAUGUGGAUCCAAUUUAUAUGAAUCAUAAUAAUAAUAAAGAAAAGAAUUUAUCCACUACUUCUACAAGAAUACAAUCACCAUGUUAUGGAAAUAUUAAUUCAUCAACGAAUAGUCCUAUUACUACUAGUCCAUUAACAUUAGAUCAUUGGUCUGCUACAUUAUUAGCAGCACAAGCAUUAGUUAGAACAAAAAAAGUAUUUAUUGGUGGUGUUUCUACUGGUACUACAGCUGAUGAAUUAAAAACAUUUUUUAGUGAAUUUGGUAAAGUGGAAACAUGUGAAUUAAUGAUGGACAAAGCAACAAGUCGUCAUCGAGGUUUUGGAUUUGUUACAUUUGAAAGUGAACAAGCAGCUGAAAAAGUUUGCUCAAUUCAUUAUCAUGAAUUAAAUGGAAAAAUGGUGGAAGCAAAACGAGCUCUACCAAAAGAAGUACUGAGUUCAAGUAAUGCUUUAGUGAAACAACGAAGUUUAUUACCUAAUGCAUUUGCUUUACCAAAUGAAGUUGAUUCGGCAGCUACAGCUGCAGCUACCAUAGCUGCAGCUGCUCUUGCAUCAAGACAACAACAACAUCAACAGCAACAACACUAUCAGAAUAUAAAUCAAAAUUUACAGAACUCAGGAUCAGCAUUUGUAUCACUUGCUUAUGCAUCAUUGAUGCCAUUCAAUCAGUUUCAAUCAUUUCCAUUAACAUCUAACAAUUAUGUUGGACAACCUUUAACUACAUCAAAUCUAACAAUGGAAUCCUCAGGUAUACAUCAUCAAAAUCUUCAUCAUUCAAAUCCUAUUGAAUUCCCAUCUGCAGCUGUACUACCAAAUGGUCAUUCUACAACAAUGACUAGAUUUCCACAACUUGGUAUUCAGUCUGAUGUAAAUCUUCAACCUUCAUGUCCUUUAAAUUUUACUUAUAAUUCACCUACAGCCUAUAUAAAUUCUACAGGGACAUUAACAUCAGUUGGUAAUUAUUUAAAUACAACCAUUCCAAAUCUUAUAAAUCUUACACCAUCUGGAACAAUUCAAGCAUUAUUACCUAAUUUAACUUAUAAUAUUUUAACAAAUUUAAAUGAUCAACGUAAUCAACCACUUCAAACACAUCAAUCACAACAAACUAUUGGACAACAAUCAUUACAACAACAACAACAACAACAACACCACCACCAACAGCAACAACAAAAUCAAUCAUUACCUUCUAUUCAAUUAGAUGUUGAAACAUUAAAACAACAGAUUCAACUACAGAAUUGGUCAACUAAUACACCAUAUUCAUUGAUAGCAUUAAACCAAAAGGCUUUAGGACAAAUUCAUUCACCUUCUAAUUUAUUAAAUUUUAAUCCCAGUCAAAAAAUCCCUAAUAUACAACCAAAUGAUGUAACAACAACACCAAUUCAUUUAACAGAUACAUCACCAACAAUGUGGUUACUUCCAGCGAAAAUUCCACGAGUUCACUAA